GGACUACAACUCCCGGCAUGCCUUGAGCGGCGCUGCUUCAUCCUAUGGGAAUCGUAGUCCCGGCGCGAUUUCCAGCGCCGCGUGCGCCCGUGACGUGCCGUAGCCUCGGGCCCUGGCUGGGCGCCACGCUACGAAAGCGGCGUAAGGCGUACCGGGUCGGCCGGGCGGGACGGCGGGUGCUACGGAGGCGGCGUAAGGUUGCCGGGCCGAGACUGGCGCUUCUCGGCUGAAACACACUCAGCCGGCCCGGCAUCGCGGACACCGGCGAAAGAGCCCUCGGUGCCCUCAGGUAGAAGUGGUGGGUCAGCAGACUGAGGGCCGGCGCCUGGGCCGCGCCCGCGUAGCUGAACCACGAGCGCUGAAGAGGCGCUGCCGGCUCGCUAAGCCGGCCGCUCUUUCUUCGGUGUGGGCACUCUCCUCUCUCCAUGCUCCCGUUCGCGCGCCACCGGCCAGAGGUGACCGGGCCCGGCUCUCUACGUGGCCACUGUCAGGGGGGCCAUGGGGAGCUCCGCCUCCUCCCUGGCUGCAGAGACGGAGUCAGACCACGGCUUCCCUGGGGGGCCGCCCUACUCGGGGGCCCCGGCAUCAGCUGGCUGGUGUAGGAGCGGCCCUGGGGAGACUGUCUGGCAGAGUGCCCUGGUCACCAGACAGCACCCACAUCCCCGGGCCCGAAGCCACACACACUCUCCUGGGUCUAUGGCCACAGUCGGGGAGUGGUCCUGUGCGCGCUGCACCUUCCUGAACCCAGCCGGCCAGCGCCAGUGCUCCAUCUGUGAGGCCCCCCGGCACAAGCCAGACCUGGACCAGAUUCUGCGGCUCAGCGUAGAGGAGCAGAAAUGGCCCUGCGCACGUUGCACAUUCCGGAACUUCUUGGGCAAAGAGGCUUGUGAAGUGUGCGGCUUCACCCCAGAGCCUGUUCCUGGAGCCCCUCUGCUUCCCAUUAUCAAUGGGGUCCUGCCCAAGCCACCCACCAUAUUGGUGGAACCAAAGGGCAGCUGCAAGGAGGAGGCAGGCCCAGUGCGGACAGCAGGGCUUGUAGCCAUGGAGCCAGCCAGGGGGCACCUGGAACAGGAGGAAAAGAAGGAACAGGAAGACGAAGGGGAAGGGACAGAGCCUGGCAGUGGCUGGGCCUGCCAGCGCUGCACAUUACAUAACACGCCAGUUGCCAGCUCUUGCUCUGCCUGUGGGGGACCCCGGAAACUGUCAUUACCCCGCAUCCCCCCAGAGGCCCUGGUGGUUCCUGAGGUUGUUGCCCCUACUGGCUUCCAUGUUGUUCCUGCUCCAUCCCAGCCUGUCCUCCCUGGGGGAGGUACUGAGGCUGAGUCUUCUACCAGCCAGGGUCCCUCCACUGAACAGGAGCCCCCCAGGGUACCACCCUUUAGCCCCUUCUCACCCACCCUGCAGAAUAACCCUGUGCCCCGAAGCCGCAGGGAGGUCCCCCCCCAGCUUCAGCCACCUGGUCCUGAAGCUGCUCAGUCCUCGCCUACUACAAGCUCCAAAGGGUACCUCCAAGGUCCAGGCAGGUCUGCCCCUGGGCCCUCCCGCCUAGCAGAGCUGCUCACAGGCAAGGAGUUGCUCUCAGGCAAGCGACUGAGUAUACUGGAGGAGGAGGGCCCAGAAAGCAGCCCGGCCCGCUGUGAGGCGUGCAGUGAUGUCAUUGACCUAGCUGGAGACACUGUGCGCUACACACCUGCCAGCCCCUCCAGCCCCGACUUCACCACCUGGUCGUGUGCCAAGUGCACACUCAGGAACCCCACAACAGCCCCCAGGUGUUCAGCAUGCGGUUGCUCCAAGCUACAUGGCUUCCAGGAGCACAGUGAGCCCCCUGCUCACUGCCCCGACUGUGGCACCAACAAGCCUGGCCCCUGUGUUGGAUGCUGUGAACGAGCUCCCUCUUCCCACAAGGCUGCCCGCCUUUUGCCUGAUCGCUUGGGCCAGUGGGCCUGCCCUGCCUGCACCCUGAUCAACACACCUCGGGCCAAGCACUGUGCGGCCUGCCAUACACCACAGCUUCUGGUGGCCCAGCGUCGGGGGGCCACACCCCUGAGGCGCCGGGAGAGCAUGCAUGUGGAGAAGCGGAGACAGACAGAUGAGGGUGAAGCCAAGGCACUUUGGGAGAACAUCGUGGCCUUCUGCCAGGAGAAUAGUGUGAACUUUGUGGAUGACAGCUUCCCCCCCGGCCCUGCAUCUGUUGGCUUCCCAGCGGGUGACAGCGUCCAGCAACGAGUGAAACAGUGGCUGCGGCCCCAUGAAAUCAACUGCUCUGUCUUCAGGGACCACGGCACUCCGUGGUCAGUCUUCCACACCUUGCGGCCCUCCGACAUCCUGCAGGGGCUGCUGGGGAACUGCUGGUUCCUGAGCGCAUUGGCAGUACUGGCUGAACGACCUGACCUGGUGGAGCGGGUGAUGAUCACACGUAGCCUAUGUGCAGAGGGCGCCUACCAGGUGCGACUGUGCAAGGAUGGCACAUGGACAACAGUGUUGGUGGACGACAUGCUGCCCUGUGAUGAGGCUGGCUUUCUACUCUUCUCACAGGCACAGCGGAAGCAGUUAUGGGUGGCCCUCAUCGAGAAGGCGUUGGCCAAGCUGCACGGCUCCUACUUUGCCCUCCAAGCAGGGCGUGCCAUCGAAGGCCUGGCCACGCUCACUGGUGCCCCCUGCGAGAGCCUGGCGCUGCAGGUCAGCUCCACUAACCCCCGAGAGGAACCUGUUGACACUGACCUCAUCUGGGCCAAAAUGCUGAGUUCUAAGGAGGCUGGAUUCCUCAUGGGUGCUUCCUGUGGAGGAGGCAACAUGAAGGUGGACGAUGCUGCCUACGAGAACUUGGGCUUGCGCCCCCGCCAUGCUUACUCCAUCUUGGAUGUUCGUGAUGUACAGGGCUCCAGGCUCCUGAGACUUCGGAACCCAUGGGGCCGGUUCUCCUGGAAUGGCAGCUGGUCGGAUGAGUGGCCUCACUGGCCAGGACACCUGCGAGCAGAGCUCAUGCCACAUGGUAGCAGCGAGGGUGUUUUCUGGAUGGAAUAUAGUGACUUUAUCAGGUACUUCGACUCUGUGGACAUCUGCAAGGUGCAUUCAGACUGGCAGGAAGCACGGGUUCAGGGCUGCUUCCCAAGCACAGCCAGUGGGCCAGUGGGUGUAACAGCACUCACAGUGCUGGAGCGUGCCUCACUGGAGUUUGCUCUCUUCCAAGAAGGCAGCAGGCGCUCAGAUACAGUAGACAGCCACCUGCUAGAUCUGUGCAUCCUUGUGUUCCGGGCCACCUUUGGCAGUGGUGGCCGCCUGAGCCUAGGUCGCCUCUUGGCCCACAGUAAACGUGCUGUCAAGAAGUUCGUGAACUGUGAUGUCAUGCUGGAGCCUGGCGAGUAUGCUGUGGUGUGCUGUGCCUUCAACCACUGGAGCCCUGCCCCACCAGGGCCCCCCACCCAGGGUAAGGGCCCCAGCCAGAUGAGGCCCACACCCAUCUCCCCACUCUCUGAGCCCCAAAGCCCAUCCACAGGAAGGCUGCUGGCUCCCUCAUCCACACACCCCACAGCCUCCAUCCCCUUGGCAGGGGUCCCCCGAGGUACCCUCGAGCCACCCGGCCACGUACUCGCAGUGUACAGCUCCAGGCUGGUCAUGGUGGAACCAGUGGAGGCACAGUCAACCACGCUGGCCGACGCCAUCAUCCUGCUCACUGAGAGCCGGGGCGAGCGGCAUGAGGGCCGUGAGGGCAUGACCUGCUACUACCUGACCCAUGGCUGGGCGGGGCUCAUCGUGGUGGUAGAAAACCGGCACCCAAAGUCCUACCUGCAUGUGCAAUGUGAUUGCACUGACAGCUUCAAUGUGGUGUCCACACGUGGCAGCCUGCGCACUCAAGACAGUGUGCCACCCCUACACAGGCAGGUCCUGGUGAUCCUGUCCCAGCUGGAGGGCAAUGCUGGAUUCUCUAUCACCCACCGCCUGGCACACCGCAAGGCAGCCCAGGCCUUCCUCAGCGACUGGACAGCCUCUAGGGGCACUCACAGCCCCCCACUCACACCUGAGGUGGCUGGCCUGCAUGGACCCCGGCCACUGUGACUGCAGUUCCCUUGGCAGGGGCUGUGUGCAGAUCCACCCAACUGCCCUACCACAUGCACUUUAAGAGGGAGACCCCAAUGGAGGAUGCUUGAACCAGAAUCUCAGGACCCUGCCCAGGGAGCCACCAGCCACAGGGUGCAGCCUCCCCUGGGCCUCCCUCCCCUACCCCAACCACCCUCAGUCCCCCACCAGGCCUCCCAGCCACCAUGCAGAAUACCUCGAGCCAGGUGGGCUGAAUUCCAGUCCUUCUAUCCUGAGCCUGGGGACAGCUUCAGGUGGCCAGGGCCCAGCUGGGUCUGCCAUUCUCUGUGAAUGUGAGAUCCCCUGCCAUGGAGAUGCAGCCCAGAUAUCUAUUCACAGAACCAAAUCUGGGAGUCAGAGACCAUGAUCCUGCCUUGAGAGCCUGAGCAACCCCUUAUGGGACUCAGAUCUGCUAUUUCUCCCCUUGGUGUGUCCUCAAGCCCAGCUUCCUGCCCCAGUGAGCAGGGUCCUGAUAGCCCUGGCACAUGAGCAGCAGAUUGCAGGAAGCAGAUGCCUGGUGGCCACUAGCCAGGGCUUGGGGACAGCAGCCCCUCCUGCAAACACUAUGCAAUUCCUGGCGUACCUGCCAGGAUCGAAGCCAUGAUGGGGCGGCAGGUCAGGAACCAGGCCCAGCCCUGCUGUCUGGAAAAGCGCUUUGUCCUCAGUACCCCUCACCACCAUCAUCCCUGACCUGUGGCCUCAGUCUGUCCACAGAGAGGGACCAACAGCCCCAUCACAGGCACAUGUAAGGUGUGGCUCCUUCCUCCCCGGAACCAGGAAUCUGAGAGCUGCCCACCUGUCUAAGUGUCCCCCAGCUGCUUGUCAAGACCAGAACCCUGAGACACCUGAGACAUUUCUUGGGUCCCCCACCUGGCUGCCACUGUCCUGCAGUCCCUAGGUAGUGGGCAACUUGCAUACCCACUGUCCUCAUCUCCAUGGGGCUUGCAAGGGUUUUUAUACCUAGAAAAACAUUCCCCUCCCCUCUGGGCCUCCUUUUACUCUGAGCUGUGAAUAUUUUUAACCCUGUAAAUAGGACCAGCUCUUCGAACACAGAGACUAUUUUAUCAGCUGUCAGUCCCUUCCUUGUUCGAUGACUCCACAGGUGGUUUCCACUCAGGCUCCAAGGACCAAAUAAAAGCAUUUUGUUUUGUAAG